CCAACAAAAUGCCUAAAAAUAUUGAAAUAAAAGCAAAAAUACCCUCUAAACAAAAAGUUGAAAACUAUCACAAUUUGCUGACUCAAUCAUGUGGUCAGGCUGAAAUCAUUCAUCAACAUGAUACAUUUUUUAAUACAGAGAAAGGACGUUUAAAACUUCGGGAAUUUUUUGGGGAUGAACAAAAAAAAAAAGAGCCUGAAUUAAUUUUUUAUGAAAGAAAUGAUCAAAAUGGACCAAAAUUAUCUGAUUUCACUCAAGUCAAAUUAGGGAAUAAAAGUGAGGGAAUUAAGGUUUGUCUUCGUGAAAAUCAAACUGAAAAAGAAGGAAAAGAAAUUUUAAUUAAUUUAUCAAAAUAUUUGGAUAUAUCAAAUAAUGAUUUAAUUGAAGUUGCAUAUUUAGAUUUAUUGUCAAAAUAA